AUGAACCCGCACAUCUCUGUCCCUCGUCAACAUGCCGGUCCCGCCAAUUUCGGCUCUACCCCAAGUCGCGGCUCCAGUGUCCGCAUGCCGCGUUUCUUCAAGAGGCUCUUCAAGUUCCCCCAGAUGGACUUUGAGAUGGCUAUCUGGGAGAUGACUUCUCUAUUGAUUGCACCUAAGAAGGUCUUCAAAUCCAUAUACUACCAUAGCCACCCAAUCCGGUGCCUUAACUCGUCUAUCGAAAUCGGCCGUAUUGACCCGUUCCCAGAAACAAAAAACACAUGGCAUCGCCCCGAUCCAUCCUUCACAUACCUCCUCUCGUUCUUCCUCCUCCUCACAGCGCUAGCUUGGGGUCUGGCUUACACCCCCUCUUUCGGGGCCAUUGUACGCCUGUCUCUGCUAUUCGUCUUCGUCCAUUUUAUCGGCUCGUCCCUGUUCAUCUCAACCAUCGGCUAUUUCGUGAUCGGCCGACUCUUCGGUCCCAACGGUGCCGCCGCGUCUCUGGCCGGUCUGCGUGGUUCUCGGGGCCGCCGACGCGGGGCCGCUCAGGGCUUGUUUGUACAGCCUGGCGAGAAGGACCAGCUGGAAUUUGGAUACUGCUUUGAUGUCUCCAAUCGAGCUUUCUUCCCGCUCUACCUCCACCUCUACGUGGUGCAAUUUCUCCUCCUCCCUCUUCUGACCCGCAGCCCGAGCAAUUUCCUGGCGACCUUCCUCGGCAAUUCGCUUUACCUCUCUGCCCUGAUCUACUACACCUACAUCACCUUCCUGGGAUAUAACGCCCUGCCCUUUCUGCACAACACCGAGCUCUUGCUCGUCCCCAUCAUGGUCUUUGCUGUCCUCUGGCUAGUUAGUCUCAUCGCUGGCUGGGGUGUUGUCAUGCAGGGCCGAAGCGUCGUAGGCCUGUUCUGGGGCGUGUGA